UCCUUAAAAAUCUCUCUCUCUCUCUCUCUCUCUCCGCUCUCAGUUAUCCAUUUUGGAUUCGCCGACAGCCGCCAUACCCGUGCAAUUGAAAGCUCCCUUUCUCUUAAUCUCUGCAAUUCUUGCAAUUUCUUCAAUUCUCUUCUUCCUCUUAUCACAGAUUUGUAGAACGCUGGACCCAAGUUGGCACUUUAAUUGUUCAUCCGAGUACUUGUUGAAGUUAGAAGCAUGUUAGUGUGCGUUUUGUGGUUGGCAAGAUUGCAUACUUUUCCUGCUCUGACAGUUCAACUUUGAAUUCUCAGAAUAUUUAUUUGUGCAUGCUGCUGGUAAUAUUGUUGAUGGACUUGGUGGUAAUAUUGUUGAUGGACUUGGUGCAUUAUGGCUAGCAUCGUGGAUAACUUACAUAUAUUCUAGAAAUCCUUAUUGCUUAAGAAGGGAGAGCUGUCAUUUGGCCUUCUGGAGCCUCUAAGUUUCAGAAAACAGGUUUAUACUGCUAUAGCAAGGGAGAUUCAUUUAUUUGUGUUUCUUGGUGCUUUGAAAUAAUUGCAAAAUGUCAGAAGUUGAUAUGCAAGUUAUUAAACCUGAGAUGAUGAAGUCCUAUAUCUGGCUUCAAACUGCUGAUGGUUCAAUCCAACAAGUAGAGCAAGAGGUAGCCAUGUUUUGUCCCAUGAUAUGUCAUGAAAUAAUACAAAAAGGCAUGGGAUCAUCCAAGAGCUAUGCAAUAUCUCUUCCACAACGAGUUAAUCCUGCUAUGUUGAGCUUAAUUCUGGAUUACUGCAGGUUUCAUCAAGUACCAGGUCGCUCCAACAAGGAACGCAAGUCUUUUGAUGAAAGGUUCAUUAGGAUGGACACAAAGAGGCUCUGUGAGUUGACAUCUGCUGCUGACAGUCUCCAGUUGAAGCCUUUGGUUGAUCUUACUAGUCGGGCACUUGCACGAAUAAUAGAAGGGAAAACCCCUGAGGAGAUCCGUGAGAUAUUUCAUUUGCCUGACGAUCUUACAGAGGAAGAGAAACUGGAGCCUUUAAAAAACUCUAUGGAUGAUCCACGCAUUCGACUUUUGAAUAGACUAUACGCAAGAAAGAGGAAAGAACUAAAAGAAAGAGACAAAUUAAAGAGUGUUGAGGCUGAAGAAGAGCGUGUGGAUGACCGUUCAGUUGAUGAUCUCCUGUCAUUUAUAAAUGGAGGAAAUGGAGAUUCUAAGGGGAUUAAAACUUCCAAGGGUAAAAAGAAGAAUCGAAGAAGAAAAGAUCCACAGAAAAAUGCUUCUGCAGAUGAAUCCAUUGAAAGUUAUGGGAAGGAUUCAAAUGGUCUUAAUUUUUUAUGCCAUAGAACUGAAGUUGACAAGUUGCGGCCCCAUCCCGGUGAGACAUCAAAAUUACCAGAAGUGGAAGAUGACGCUUUUGCACAUAAGGUUGAGUUCGAUGAUGGUGAUAUUGAUGAUGAGAUUGACCCUGCACUAAAGGAAGAAAUUGAUAGGGAGGUGGAAGAUUUUGCUCGGAGAUUGAAUUCAGACUGGCCUGAAAGGAUGCAAGAGAUUCUCUCUUUGGGUCAAGAAAGAAGGCCAGUACAUUUUUUCCAUUAAUGGAAAUGGAACCUUAAGGAGAUAUGCUGAUUUGCAGGAAAAUGAUUUGUAAUCUCAUAUUGGUUUUAGGUUCUUGCUUGAGGAUCGUGCUGCCCAUUCUCAUUUGAGCCAUCACCAUCAUAUUCUACAGUACUAACAAUAGUUUGUGUCCAUAGAUAGGACCAGGCCCGGAGCGGAAAUGAUCCUCUUACAAACGGAUGCGGUCACACAGAUUGGGCAAUGGCUGGAACAAUUUUGACCAGAGGCUUACAGGCAAUUAGAAGAGUUCCUGUAGUCACUAAUGUGGAUUGACAUGAGAAUUUUCUUUUAUUCGUUUUUUUUUUUUGGGGGGGUUGUGCUUAGCCAGGAUGCAAUUUUGAUUCUGGGUUGCACCUGUAUUCUAUGGGAGAAGAAAUAAACAAAAAAAAAAAAAAAAGAGAGAAGAGUUUAGUGGUAGUUUCUUGCCAUUAGAUUUGUGUCCUUUCACGAACUAAUAAAUUUUUUUUAUUUUCUAUAUAUGAUAACUGAAAUGAAAUGAAUUUUCUUUUCA